ACGCGCGAGCCGGGCCGGGCUCUGACGCCGCAUCAGGCUACCUCGCUUGGGGGCGGGGGGAUCCGAGGUGGCCACGCCCCCAUCUCAGCACGACAGCCGCUCGCGGGGGACUCGGGCAGUCAGCGGGGAGGGGCUCGGCUGGGGCAGGUAUAACAAUGGAUCUAGUCCUGAACUAUGUAGAUUACAACUUUUUUACACCAUAUGUGUAUCCCACCACAUGGCCUGAGGAUGAGCCCUUUCGACAGAUCACCAGUCUCCUUAUUGUAACAAAUCUUGGUGCACUUGUGCUUUAUUUGCUGUUUGGAACUUUGAGCUACUACUUGGUUUUUGAUCACUCUCUGAAGCAACACCCCCAGUUUCUAGAGAAUCAGGUGCAGCUGGAGAUAAAAUAUGCUCUGCAGUCACUGCCCUGGAUCAGCAUCCCCACAGUUGCACUCUUCUUUGCAGAGGUCAGGGGUUACAGCAGGCUUUAUGACAACAUUGAAGACUCUCCAUAUGGAUGGUUUGGUGUAAUCCUUAGCAUGCUCUCUUUCCUCUUCUUCACCGACAUGUGCAUUUACUGGAUUCACAGGUUCCUCCAUCAUAAACUUGUGUACAAGCGUCUGCACAAGCCCCAUCACCGCUGGAAGGUUGCUACGCCAUUUGCAAGUCACGCCUUCCACCCUGUGGAUGGCUUUCUGCAGAGUAUUCCAUAUCACAUCUAUCCUUUCCUCUUUCCUUUGCACAAAGUGACCUACUUGGGUCUCUACAUUGCUGUCAAUGUCUGGACAAUCUCUAUUCAUGAUGGCGAUUACCGUGUGCCAGAUUUCUUGAAACACAUUAUCAAUGGCUCUGCCCAUCACACUGAUCAUCACUUGUAUUUUGAUUACAACUACGGUCAGUAUUUCACACUCUGGGAUAAAAUUGGGGGCUCCUACAAAAGCCCCUCUUCCUUUGAAGGGAAAGGGCCACAUGAUUAUUUGAAAAAGCUAAAGAGCGGAGAAAUGGCCAGUAUUAAAAAUGGCCAUGUGGAUGAAUUGGUGAAUAGAGACAGUCUAAAGAAUGAAUAAAUUUCCUCAAGCUAUUGUAAAAAGGCCCUGACUCUUACAGUUCUUUUAAAAGGAAAAACCUACUUAUAAAGAGCCCUUCCCCAUUGUAGCAUUCUUGGGAUGCAAGCAUUUUAGGUGCUUAGUAGGGUGGUUAUGGUGGAGCUGUGUAGUUAAGUACCACAAUACAGUCCCAUAAUGGGGGCCAUUUAUGGUGAGAGUAAAAAGCAGAAGACCUAUGUAAUGAAAAGAUUUUUCUGCAGCACUUAAUGCACAUGUCAGAGCAUUGAAAUUGGGAGUGCAUUUUCUAGUAUAGGCUCUAAUGUAUUAAGUCUGCAUUUCAAUUCUGCCAUAACAGAAGAUCUUUUUGCCCUACUCAAAAGCUUUCUCCUGGAAGUACAUUGUUCCAGAUAGUAAGUGAUCUCUGCCCAGUGAUAGCUUACUGGGAAUUUCGCUAAUUGAGCCAGGAUGCUGUAGGUGGUGCUAUACAGAAAUUUCACUAUUGGCUCAGUGUAUGUCAAAGGAAAAUUGAUCGAAUAAAGGAAGACGCGUGCGUCAAUACAAAUUAAUGCUUUGCAUAUGGAAUGUGUGACUACUUUUCUGCAUGCACAUACCUCCAGCUUAAUAAAAGAGGAAACACAUUUUCCCAAUUACUUAUCCAGCAACUUUUAUAUAUUAGCUUAGCAUUAAAAUAGAAACCAUCUGAAUCAAAACAGAGCUAACAUUGUUCUGGCAGAAAUUUUGUGUAUCUUAAAAUAGGAGGAAGAUAGACCAGCCCUACCAUUUUUUAAAUAAAAUCUUACACUGUUUAUAUAAACUACAUGUUGAAUUGUUUGAAUGGAUCUAUCAAUGCUAUUGCAUUGUCAACUGGAACAUUUUUUUCACCUGCCCACAUUUAUAUUGCCUUAUACUUGGGCUUAAUGAAUUUGAAAGCAUGAGCUCCCAUCUCUAAUGGUGAAUAGAAAGUCUUUGAACAACAUGACAACAGCAUAACUUUUUGCAUGUUGUGUAUAUUUUUAGCACUGAUACAUAAUAUCAUUUGCUACAAAUAAAGUAAUUGUAUUCUAUAUUGUCAAUUUUCCCAAUCAAAUCAUGCAGAAUGACUGCUCAAAGUAACUGUAGGAACAUAGACUGUUGUACUUCCAAGAAGCUUUCAUGUUUUUCAAACAGGGUAAUUUCUCCCACUUUAGAUUUAUAGCAUCAGGAAUUCUGUCUUUGAGGAAAUUCUUCUCAAUCUGAGCUUUUUUGGUAAUCUUUUGACAAAUGUAUUUAUAAUUCCUGUGGAAAUCAGUUGGCAGGUUGAAAUCCUACAGUAAUACUGUACCUUUUGAAGGAAGGAAAACUUUUUUUAAGUUUGGCCACUGUUUUCAGAGGUGGGGAAAUACUUCAGAUGUCUUAACAUUCAUUUCACAUCAGUUUGGGAAAGCUACCAGAUGACUUAUUGGCUUUCCAUUUGCUGCUUUUUUCUUUUCUCCCUGUUAGCAUCUGACUUAAGAGUAAUCAAUCAAAUAUUUUUAUUGUGCAGACAUGCACUACGCGAAAUCUCACAGCUUUGAUGUAGAACAGGUGUGCUUCUAAGAAUUUUGAAGACAGUUCUGUUUUACCAUUUUCUAACAGCCUAGUUAGUUUAAAUCUUAGGUUUUUCUUAGCUAUAGAAACCAGUUCUUUUGAAAACUGCUUACAAGAGAUUAAAGCUUUGCUGGUUCUAAUACAGUUUACCUAGCAUUACAAAAUUACCUAACAUGAGGAGAGAGCUGAAGAGGAAUGGUGUGUGGGUUUUUUCCUGCUCCUCUCCUUCAGGAAGCAAGGAUCCCCUGGUGUAUAGUAGUAUAAUCUGUUUUUUGUUUUGUUUUUUUAAAUCUUGCAUGGCAGUAAGAGUUCCCUUACAAUUUAUCUGUGGUAAAAUAGUUUGAAUGGGGAGCAGGGUAGAACCAGCCUUGCAGGCAGAGAAGCUGUGUAGGAAAACACUAUGGAACUUGCAUGAUAAAGAGGACCAUUGUAGAGAAGGUUGGCUGCUGAGCCCUAACCACUUAGCAGCCUCAUCCCCUCUGAAGGUUGUUAAGAAUGGAACAGAGCAGCCAAGUGGUAGAGGUUUCAGCCCCACCAGGCUCUCCCCCCCCUUCCCCAGACCUGCUGGAGCAAAAUGACCUGCCCUGUGUUGCUAAGGUCUUAAAUAGCUCCAUUAGCCAGGGGAACUGCAUACUGGAUUCUGAUUUAUGCUGUUCUGAAACAGCUGUGCCUGUGCCCUGGAGUUCUUGUCCCAACUAUUUCAGUGGGUGCUUCUGAAGCCUGGUGCUGGCUCAGCAGGACUCUGGCUGGCCUGUACAGGGCUAGGUUGCGGGCAUGCAUCAAAGCUGUUGCUCCUGCUCUCCUUCUGAGCACUUGGUUCCUGGGAGAAUUGGGGAACAUAUGAGGUUUUGGUUUGUGAAGUUCAUUCAAUACCUCUCCUGAAGUCCUGUGGGGCCUUAUUCUGCUCUUGUGUGCCCAACUCACUGUAAGGUAGGCAGGAGGGGGCUGAAAGCAUGGGUGUAGUUUUGUUUUGAAAAAUCUAGGUAUGAUCAUGAAGAACCUUUUUCCCCCCUACAGGGUAAGUUCAGUUCCUACUGGAAGUUCUAUUCAAAAAGCACUUCUAAAAUACAAAUCAGAAGUGAAAAUAUUAAUACAGACAGAAUUCCAAAGUCCCCCAAUGGAAACCAAAUGCCUGUUAUAAUUCCUUAAAUGGAGAACAAAAUAAUGCAGUUAGGGCUUGGUUUUUUCAGGGAUGCUGAACAUCUGCAGUUCCCACUGACUUCAGCUGAAAGUCAGUCCCCUGCUCUGCUCAUAAAUUAGAGAAAUGCUAAUGCAUAGAGUGGUUAGAUAUCAGCAAUUAGAACCGUGAACACAUAGAAGAAAUGGAUGAUCAAAGUAGGAAAAAAGUGGCCUUCCUUAUGAGAAGGCUGCUUGGACAGUGUGAGCUUGUUCACCAAAUGCUAUGCAGUAUUGGCUGUUGUAGCAUGACCAAUAUAUUAUCCAUAAAUUAAAUAUGCCAAAUAACUAAAUAGUUGAAGAGCACUGGGUGAGGAAGGGAAGCAGGCAUGUAAGUUGAGAUGGUAAGAGCAGUUUAGAAUGGAAAGAUGUGUUCCUCUCCAUGCAAUUAUGUUAACUGCAAGGAAAGGAGAAAUCUUUAGUGCACCAGCCAACCUCUUAGCGCACCACUACCUGGUUUGUUGGACUACAUCUCUGUGACCCCUUCCUUCCAAGGGGUGCCCAAGCUGCACAGGGAGUUGAAGCAUGUGUGAGUUCUAGACAUCUUAGUCAAGUCACAAGCCCCAUCUUCAAGCAGAGACGGGUGAGUUUUGGAUACCAGUUGGUGGGAACCUCUAUCUUAGUGUUCUCCAGUUCAGAUUUGGCAAGGCAGGGUGUGGGUACAGGUUCGUCAGCCGUUUCCAACUUUAGAAACUUCUGCACAAAGCGUACUUCUGCCUGCCAGUCCCUCCCAGUGGCUAAAGUGUGAUGCAUGCACAGCAGUGUUCCAACAGAAUGUCUCUAGUUCAUACUGUAAACAAGUGAAGCUGUUUGCACAGACCUUUACCCUCCUGAGAACGAGCCAUGGCACAGAGGCAGAAGAGUUCAUAGUAUGUUUGUGUAAAUAACAAAUGAAGUUACUGUAUGAAGGUUGUGUUGAAAGGAGUUGUUGCAGACCAGUGUGUGUUGGUCUUUAAUGCUAAUGUUUUCUGAACAAGUAAUAA